CAAAGUAAACAAACAAAUUGUAAAUAAACCCAGUCUUGAUAUAAAUUCCAAUAUUUCUAUCAUAAAUCACAAAUAAAAUGCCCGAUGAUAGUGAGGAGAUACUGAAAACAAGAAAAUUCCUUAAAGCUCGUCUACUGCGAGACUACAGCACAUUUCGAGGACACGAAAAUGAGCACGACAAUAUUCGACAGCUGCUCAAAAGGACGGCUGAAAUGGGUGAAUCCAAUUCUAUGCUAUUGAUAGGACCACGAGGAUCGGGGAAGACCACAUUAAUGAAUGCGGUAUUGACAGAUCUCAUGAAAAACAAAGAUUUUGUACAGAAUACUCUGAUUGUUUAUUUGAACGGCAAUCUCCACACAGACGAUCGCUUAGCCCUUAAAUCGGUGACGAUUCAAAUGCAAUUGGAAAAUGCCACAGAUGGCAAGGUAUUUGGAUCAUUUGCAGAAAAUUUGGCAUUUUUACUGGCAUGCUUAAAGGCGGGCAAUAAGCGGUCAAAGAGUGUUGUUUUCAUUUUGGAUGAAUUCGAUUUAUUUUGCUCACAUCACAACCAAACCCUUUUGUACAAUCUCUUCGAUGUAUCACAAAGUGCCCAAGCACCUAUAUGUGUGCUGGGCAUUACAUGUAGACUCGAUGUCAUUGAGUUACUGGAAAAGCGUGUCAAGUCCAGAUUUUCUCACCGUCAAGUAUUUAUUUUUCCCAACGGUGAAGACUUUGAUGCUUAUAUUAAGCUGUUCGGAGAACUAUUAAGUAUACCCAGUGAAAAACAGCUGAAGGAACAAUCGGAGCGAGUAGCUGGCCUUAAACAUUUACAAUCUAAUGAAUUGACAUUUCAUCGUAAUCACUUCCAACCUUCCAAGUACAAAUUCCAUAAAAAAUACACCGAAUCAUGGAACAAACACAUAGCAGGUUUGGUGAAAAAUGCAAGCGUUACCAAAGCCCUACAAGCUGUAUUUGAUUUUGACAUCAGUCAAGCAUUCCUUAAAUCCUUCAUUUACCGUUUGGUGGCACACAUCAAUAAUGCUGCUCCCAUGAGUGCACAGAUUACCGCGGAAAGCAUUUCCCAAUUAGCUGCCUCCUAUGAAAUCGAUGACAAAGUGGAGCUUUUAUGUGGCUUAUCUGUACUAGAGCUAUGUCUCGUUAUUGCCAUUAAACAUCAUUCGGAAAUUUAUGACCGGGAUCCAUUCAAUUUCGAAAUUAUUUUUUCCAGAUUUAAUAAAUUUGCAAAGGUCUCAUCAACAAUGCAGGGUAUUGAAAGGCCGGUGGCAUUAAAAGCCUUUGAACAUCUGCGGAAUAUGGAACUCUUACUGCCUUUAACAGCGACAACCUGUAAAGUCCAAAAGGAAUUUGAAAUGCACAAAAUGGCUCUUACCUAUACCCAGAUAAAUCAAACUGUACAACGAUAUCAAGCACUGCCUACCGAGGUGCAACAGUGGUCACAAAGUUCUAUUAUUUAGAGUAUGUUAUUUAUUACUAUUUAGAUUAUUUAUACAAAAAAGAGAAAACAAAAUAAAGUCCAAUUCAUUUCAUUUA